AUGGUUCCAGCCGGCGUUGGAAAUGCGUCCGUUUCUGAGGCCGACGGAGUAGCUGGGUCGCCCGAUGGUGAGGCAGAGUAUCGAUAUUUCGGCGUCUACUCGGAGGGAUCACCAGGAUACAAGCAUGAAACGGGUGAAAAGGCUCUGGCGGAGAAGAGCUGGUUUGCUGAGGAGGUGGCUGCCGUGCCUAUUCCGCCUCACGACCCUGUCUACGGUUUUGGAGGGCCUUUGGUCCGGAUAUGGACAGUUUCAACGGGGUCAUCUGUGAGCAGCAGGGCAUAA